AUGCCUCGAGCCCGAAAAGGAGCCCUGGUUCAAUGUGAUCCAUCCAUUAAAGCAUUAAUUGUGCAGAUAGAUUCCAGUAAGAAUGAUGUCAUCUUAGAGGAGUUAGAUGACACUCACCUGCUGGUAGAUCCAGCAAAGGUUGAAUUCAUAAAGGCUGAGCUUAAUAGAUUGAUGGCCCAGAACAUUUACGACCCUCUGGACGAGGAAGAAGAAUCGUAA